AUGGGGUACUGGGAGAGCAAAGACUAUAAGCUGGGAGAUGUAUUUCAGGCUGAACAAGAAUUUUGGGCAGAAGUGAGCACCAUAGGCAAAAUCAAUCACAUGAAUCUGGUAAGAAUGUGGGGAUAUUGUUCAGAGAAGAGACGCAAACUUCUGGUGUACGAGUAUGUAGAAAACUCGUCUCUUGACAAGCAUCUUUUUAGCAGGAAAAAUUUUCUCGGAUGGGAACAGAGGUUUGCGGUGGCACUGGGGACAGCAAAAGGUCUGGCCUAUCUUCACCAUGAAUGUCUAGAAUGGGUCAUCCACUGUGAUGUAAAGCCAGAAAACAUACUUCUUGAUGGGGACCUUCAACCCAAGAUUGCUGAUUUUGGGCUGGCAAAGCUGUUUCAGAGAGGGGGAGGACCAGGCUCGGAGUUCUCAAGGAUCAGAGGAACAAAAGGGUACAUGGCUCCAGAAUGGGCUCUGAAUCAACCAAUUACUGCAAAAGUGGACGUUUACAGCUACGGAGUUGUGAUCCUGGAGAUGGUUAAUGGGAUUAGGCUCUCGAAUUGGGCGACAGAUGAUGGUGACGAGCAAGAAGCGGAGCUGACCAAAUGUGUGAGGAUAAUCAAGAGGAAAAUUCAGCAAGGGGAGGAGUCCUGGAUGGAGGAUAUCGUGGACACAAGAUUGCAAGGGAAAUACAGUAGGAAGCAAGUGGCAACGUUAAUCGGGGUUGGUAUUUCCUGCGUGGAGGAAGACAGGAAGAAGCGGCCCACAAUGGCUUCGGUGGUUCAAACUCUACUAGAAUGCGACGACUAUACCACUCUGCCUCAGUAAAUCCUGUAGCUUCAGCUUGGAAUUGGAUGCCCGGCAUUUUUGUUCAACUGUAACUAGGAGGAAUAGACCGUGCAAGGAUGGAGAUGCCCAGUUUAGUAAAAUAAUUUGUACUAAUCCAAAAUGGAUCAUUAAUGAAAUUUGUUUGUUUUUGAUGGAUUUUGGUAACAAAUAAACCAAAAUAAAAUAUUGAACCAAAACUGAGCAAACUUUCAUCUA